GGCACUUGAACUCCAGAUCCCAUUGAGCAAGCAUUUCCCUGCGCAGUACUCUAUGUGCUCGGAUGUCAAACAUGUUUCCAAGUACGUGAAGGACAUGCUUUCCAAACAACAAAUGGCACAGUUUCGGAAGACACCAUGGGGUCAUUUUGCUGACAUACCUGAUAUUCAGUUUUGUGCCCAAAUCGUGCACAUGUUGUUGUUACGUAUGGUCAAGCAACAACCCAAAGAUGAGCUCUGGUUCAACAUAGUGGGCAAAAAAGAAGAAUUCACAUACAACGAUUUCUGCCGCAUCACGGGCUUACCUCCGGCAGCCCCCAGGCCUGCCGUUGCCGAAGAUACUGAAAAAGAUGAUGAAGACGCUGAAGAUGAGGAAGAACCUGGGGAGAUUUCGAAGACCUACUUUGGUGGAUCACUGGAUAUCACUUUCCAGAUGAUGAAGGACAAGGUUGAUGAAGUACGGGGAGGUAAAAAAAGGAAAGGUGACCUACCAGUGAAGCUUGCAUCCCUCUUUGUAGUUGAGAAUGUACUGUUGGGAAAAGAUAGGACAACUCGGAUCAGCCGGAAGUCUAUUCAGCUUGUGAAUGACUUUGAAGAGUUCAAGAAGGAGCCCUGGUCGAGAGAUGCAUAUGAUUUGCUUGUCAC